AUGGACACUGCGUUAGAUCAAUUCACUGGAUUGGACUCAUUCUCCUCCCCUUACUUCGACGAAGAUGAUUUUUUUACAGAUCAGUCCUCACGAGACAAUUUGGACACAGACGAUUUUUUAGAAGACGAUGUAGACUUUCUCACCAGCCAGAUACAAGAUUACUACACGGACAGCAGGAUACUGCACGACGGGGAGUAUUGCGAUGUUGGCAACUUUUCUUUCUCUUCAUCUUCAUCCACCUUCUCAUAUGGCUGCGCUGACAGCACUUCCGAAAUGUCCCCCCAAAUAAGGGGCGAAGGUCUCCUGAUGAAGAGGCGAAGGCGCAUGAGGUCCGAAACAGAGAUGCAGCAGUUGCGACAGGCAGCUAAUGUACGGGAGCGCCGAAGGAUGCAGUCAAUCAACGAUGCCUUUGAAGGACUACGAUCUCACAUCCCCACUUUGCCGUACGAGAAAAGACUUUCUAAAGUAGAUACUCUGCGCUUAGCAAUAGGGUACAUAAACUUCCUCGCAGAGCUUGUGCAUUCUGAUAUACCGAUCAGACAUCCCAACGGUGACACGUCAAACCAGCCUAAGAAAGUUAUUAUCUGUCAUAGGGGAACAAGGUCUCCAUCUCCAAAUGACCCUGACUAUGGACUGCCUCCUCUUGCCGGUCAUUCUCUGUCCUGGACGGACGAGAAACAGCUCAAAGAGCAGAAUAUCAUCCGGAACGCUAAAGUGUGGACUCCAGAAGACCCAAGAAAAUUACAUAUGAAAUCUUUAAACAACAUUGAGAACGAACCCCCCUUUGAUUUUAUGUAA